AUGACCUCCACAGUGCCUAACGAAAGAAAUGAAGAACGCCGACGCAGAGUACUGCUGGGGCCUUUACCAGCAGGUUUUUUAAGAGCUGAUGGCACUACAGACACCUUGGAUGCAGAUUACCAAGCAGCUCUGGCAUUACAGCAGCAAUUAUGUGGUGCAACAAUGCCUCCAGCGGGACCUCCUCUCACAGCCAGACUUAGCGUCACAAUAGCACAAGCGAAACUCGUGAAAAAUUAUGGUCUAACCCGUAUGGAUCCCUACGUGAGAGUUCGCGUGGGUCACUGUAUAUACGAAACUCAGACUGAUCCCAGCGGUGGGAAAACGCCUCGUUGGAACAAAGUUAUACAUUGUCUUCUACCUCCCGGCGUGAAUUCUCUGUACCUGGAGAUCUUUGACGAAUGCUCCUUCACAAUGGACGAGCUAAUUGCUUGGACACACAUCUCCAUACCACAGGCUGUGCUUAAUGGUGAGACUCACGAGGACUGGUAUCCUCUGAACGGUAAACAGGGAGACGGUCUGGAAGGAAUGAUAAAUCUCGUACUAAGUUACUCGGUUGGUCCUGCGGCAAUAACUACCUACCCGCCAGUAUUAGUGGUGCCCAGCACUGGUCUGGGUUACGCAGCAAUGCCCAUGUACCCUGCCCCUGUUCACGCAAUGCCCCAGCAACAGCAACAGAUGACGCAGCAACAACAAAUGGCGCAGCAACAGCAACAGCCGAUUACCGCGGAGCAACUACAACAGAUCGAAGAGAUGUUCCCGAGUAUCGAUAAGGAAGUUGUCAAAUCAGUAUUGGACGCGAACCGAGGCAACAAAGACGCUGCCAUCAACUCCUUGCUGCAAAUGUCUGAAUAG